AUGCGUAUAAUACCAAUUCCCAUUUUCGAGAACAAUUACUCUUACCUCAUCGUUGAUGACAAAGCAAAUGAGGCCGCCGCGGUAGACCCAGCAGAACCUCAAAAGGUCUUAGCUGUUCUCGCUCAAACGGGCGCGAAAUUAACUUCGAUAUUGACGACACAUCAUCAUCAAAAACACUCUGUAGGGAAUAUUGAAUUAGUUUUAACGAAACCAAACCUCGCCGUGUACGGGGCCGACGCUCGGAUUCCCGAGCUUAACUACGUCUGUAAACACAACGAGGAAUUUACAGUGGGCACCCUAAAAGUUCGAUCAUUUCAUACACCGUCACACACGAAAGGUAGCGUGUGCUAUUAUGUUCGAGAUGGUAAUGAAAUGAACGAGGAAUUAGAAAAGGCCAUAUUUACUGGAGAUACAUUAUUAACUGGUGGAUGUGGUAAAUUCAUCGAAGGGGAUGCCAAAGACAUGUAUAAUGUACUCUAUAAUAUAUUGGGUCAAUUACCCAGAGAUACUAAAGUUUAUUGUGGACAUGAAUGCGCUCUGAAUAACCUUCAGGUAAAUAGCAUUCUUCACCCACGAUGUCAUAUAACAAUGUCUUAUAUAAAUGAAAAAAAACGUUACUAA